AUGGACAGCAAAACGGGAGCUACCCAUAUCGAGGCCACUCACGCCCGCGAGGCUCACAUCGUCCCCAUCGAUCAGGAAGCCAACGAUGAUAUCCAUCAUGUCAAUCUCUCCUGGCGGUCAUGGAUGGUUGUCUUCUGUUGUUGUUUUGCCGUCAUGUCGCAAGUCUUUGUGGUAGUAGCUGCGGGAUCAGUCCUGUCUUUCAUCAUCCGUGAGCUUGGGCAACCUGCUAUUGCGAGUUGGAUUAUUCAGGGUCCUCUGCUCAUGCAAUCGGUCCUCUCUCCUCCUGUCGGUCGCUUGUCAGAUGUCCUAGAUCGCAAACUGUUCGCUUCCAUACCUCCACUAAUCGCUUGUGUCGGUGCUAUCAUUUGUGCGAAAGCGACAAGUAUGUCCAUGUUGAUUGGCGGUGGCAUUCUCAUCGGAACGACGCUUGCGACCAUCUCCAUCGUUCAGUCAAUACCUUCGGAGAUUCUACCAUUGAAGUACCGACCUCUGGCAAAUGGAUUGGCAGGAGUCGCGGGAGUUCUGGGCGGCACUGUUGGAAGUCUAGCAGCCGGCGCUGUUACCAAUCUCAGCGCUUCUGGCUGGCGCUACAUCUUCUGGAUUCAAGUCGGACUACAUGGCAUCACAUCCAUCGGUCUAUUCGCGUUCUACUGGCCUAAGAAACGCACCGACUAUCCUAGAAUGAGCUUCAAAGAAUGGAUGUGGGCUUGCGAUCCUAUCGGCUCUCUUCUGCUCGUUGCUGCUGCUACGCUGAUGCUUUUGGCGCUCAACUGGGCAGGUGGAGCGUAUCCGUGGAGCAAUCCGCACGUUUGUGCCAAUCUCGUUGUUGGUAUCGUUCUGUUCAUUGCAUUCUGUCUCUAUGAGUGGAAGGGUCGAUCUGACGGUAUCGUCGCGCACGUUUUCUUCUCUACUGGGCCAAACUUCUGGCUAUCGACGUUUGCUUUCGCGAUCGAAGGUUGGAUCUACUACUCUGCCAUUAAUGCCGUUACACCACAGCUCAUUCUCAACGUGGGAUUCGAGGAUAAUUCGUGGGAUAUUGCUAUCCGCCAGUUGUCCUACAAGAUUGCGUCAAUCAUCACUUCGUUGGGUGUGACGUGGUAUGCGACCAGGUUCAAAGAUCUGAAAACGCCUCUGGCUGUCACAUUCGCCAUCAUGUUCAUCGCAUCCAUAUGUUUCGCCUUCAUCAGACCUAGCUGGGGUACCGAACAAAUCAUCUUCACAGCCCUGACAGGCAUCGGCUGCUCUGGUCCACUCACACUCCUCGUCGCUUGCAUCCAAUUCACAGCACCUCACGCCUUCCUGUCAACAGCUACUGGUCUUGCCUUCUCCGCACGAGCCAUCGGUGGCGCCUUCGGUACCGCCGUCAUCUACGCCAUUGUCAACUCUCGCAUUGCUUCGCAUCUCGCUGGGGAUGUUGGAUCUGCCGCCAUCGCAGCUGGUUUACCCGAGUCAUCAGUGCCUGCACUCUUGAAAGGUAUGAAGGGCAGCUCAGUGACCAAGUUCAGAGGCGCAGGUGUGCCUGGAAUGAAUGAAACUAUUAUCAAGGCUGCCUGGGAUGCAAGCCAUUGGUCGUAUGCGCAUGCUUAUAGACUGGGUUAUUGGAGCGUGGUGCCGUUCGUAGCGCUUGCGACGAUUGCGGUGAUUUCAAUGAAGGGAAUCAAGCAUUUGAUGACUGAGCAUGUGGAGGCGACUGUUGAACACGAGAGCGAAGAUGAGGGGAAAGGUCUUGGUAAGGCUUAG